CCAUACAUCCUAUUUCUCCAUUCCAAACCAAGAGUGCAAUACAAACAACACACACAAACACAUCUACUUGCCUAAACUUCAAUUCGCUAAAGAGUUAGUCAAGUCCAACAAUGGCUUUGGGAGCCCCUACCGAAGGCAAAUGUUGGGAGAACAACCUCGAAAUUGAGGAGCUUGCUCGCUUCGCUGUUACCGAACACAACAAGAAAGCGAACACGGAAUUGGUGUUUGAGAAGGUGCUGAACGUGAAGACGCAGGUGGUGGCCGGAACCAUCUACGACAUAACACUGGCGGCGAGCUACGGCGGUGAGAAGAAAGUGUACGAGGCCAAGAUUUGGGUGAAGCCAUGGGAGAACUUCAAGGAGCUUCAAGAAUUCAAGCUCGCUGCUGAUGUUUCUGCAGAGGCCACAGUGAAAGAUUCCAAGCCUGCUGGUGGCAUCUCUAGUGUUAGUCUUUAAACUAAAUUAUUAUUCUCCAUUAUAACAUGGAUUUGGAUUAUAUUAUAGUGUCUAAGUACUCUAUCUGAUGCUUGUAAAGAAUAAAAAUUGAUGUUAUAUGACACCAUAAAAUAUUACUCCUUAAUAAAAUCUUUCUAUUAUCUA